AGUGACACGGCAAAGUUGAAGUGCCCGCAAUACAAGUUAUACAACUUAUAAGUAAUUUUAAUUCAAAAUAAGUUAAAACUAAAACACCUCAUGGUUUCAUCUCUUUUCCGACGUUAAACCACCGGAGUUUACUUCCCGGCGUAGAACUCCGCAAAACAUCUCUAAUUCCCUCUCUCUCACACGUUUCUCUCCCUCUCUCUCACACGUCUCUCUCUCUCUCUCUCGCUUAAUUUCAAACAAGUGAUGGGGAACAAGAUCGCACGCACAACACAAGCAUCGGCAACAGAGUACUAUCUCCACGACUUGCCUUCUUCGUACAAUUUAGUGCUCAAAGAAGUGCUCGGCCGCGGCCGAUUCCUGAAAUCGAUAUUGUGUAAACACGACGAAGGUCUCGUGUUAGUUAAAGUCUAUUUCAAGCGCGGUGAUUCUAUUGAUCUUCGCGAAUACGAGCGUCAUCUGUCUCGUAUUCGCGAAGUGUUUAACGGUCUUGAUCAGCCUCAUGUUUGGCCUUUUCAGUUUUGGCUUGAAACGGAUAAAGCUGCUUAUCUGUUGAGACAAUACUUCUUUAAUAACCUUCAUGAUCGUCUGAGCACAAGACCUUUCUUGAGUCUAGUUGAGAAAAAGUGGCUGGCUUAUCAGUUGCUCUAUGCAGUGAAGCAGAGCCACGAGAAUGGAAUUUGUCAUGGGGAUAUUAAGUGUGAGAAUGUGUUGGUCACUUCUUGGAAUUGGCUUUACCUUGCCGACUUUGCAUCUUUCAAACCUACAUAUAUUCCACAUGAUGACCCGUCAGAUUUUUCUUUCUUCUUUGACACUGGAGGAAGAAGGCGUUGUUAUCUAGCACCAGAGAGAUUUUAUGAGCAUGGAGGUGAGAUGCAAGUUGCACAUGAUGCACCUUUGAGGCCAUCCAUGGACAUCUUUGCUGCAGGUUGUGUUAUUGCUGAGCUUUUCCUUGAGGGACAGCCACUGUUUGAACUCUCCCAACUACUUGCUUAUCGCAGAGGGCAAUAUGAUCCAAGCCAACAUCUGGAGAAGAUCCCAGAUUCAGGAUUACGCAAGAUGAUUCUUCACAUGAUUCAGUUGGAUCCAGACUCUCGAUGUUCAGCUGAGAGCUACUUGCAGAGCUAUGCUGGUGUUGUCUUCCCGCGCUACUUUUCACCUUUUUUACACAAGUUCUAUUCGCUGCUGAAUCCAUACAAUUCUGAUUCUAGGGUUCUAAUAUGCCAGCUCUCCUUUCAUGAGAUACUCAAGCAAAUGAUGGGCAAUAAAGCAGGCGAGGAGACUGGUAUUGAUCUCGCAUUAGCCUCAAACCCAUUAAAUGUCGAAUCCUCUAAUAAUAUAGAGGCAAAACAUAUUGUGGACUCGACGAUCUCCUCCAGGAAAACAGAACUGGAAAAGGGGUCGAUUCAUGGUCGAUUUGAGCUUCCUGGAGAUAUCACUACACUUCUUAGGGAUGUAAAACAAACUGGCAGUUCUUCUGGUGCAAAUACGGUGCAGGAGGAUUUUUCUAAUUCAACAAGUUUUCAGAAGCAAGAAAAGUGUAGCAUGCCAGUUCCUGAUAAUCUCCUACAAAAUAUAUCAAACGUUUUUAAAAGAAAUCACCAUCCUUUCCUUAGAAAGAUCACGAUGAAUGACAUGAACUCUCUUUUGUCUGACUAUGAUAACCAGUCAGAUACCUUUGGAAUGCCUUUCUUACCAUUACCUCAAGAUAGCAUGAGUUGUGAAGGUAUGGUUUUAAUUGCUUCACUGCUCUGUUCCUGUAUUCGCAAUGUCAAGUUGCCUCAUAUGAGGAGGGGUGCUAUACUCUUACUGAAGUCAUGCUCUUUAUAUAUCGACGACGAAGAUAGGUUACAACGCGUUCUUCCGUAUGUAAUUGCAAUGCUUUCUGAUCCAGCUGCAAUCGUACGUUCUGCUGCCUUGGAGACUGUUUGUGACAUUCUUCCUUUAAUACGAGAUUUCCCCCCCAGUGAUGCUAAAAUCUUUCCAGAGUAUAUUCUGCCAAUGCUUUCCAUGCUUCCUGAUGAUCCAGAGGAAAGUGUACGGAUAUGUUACUCUAGUAAUAUAUCCAAGCUGGCACUAACAGCUUAUGGGUUUUUAAUUCACUCAAUAAGCUUAAGUGAGGCAGGGGUCCUUAAUGAGUCAGCUUUGGGCUCCAAGUCACAAAUGCGGUCUUCUGAUACAUCUGGAAGAUUGCAGAGUAAAAAUAGAGAUACGCAGCUUGCACAUUUGAGAAAAUCCAUAGCCGAGGUCAUUCAAGAACUAGUAAUGGGUCCAAAGCAAACCCCAAAUAUCAGGAGAGCGCUCUUGCAGGAUAUAGGCAACCUUUGCUGGUUCUUUGGACAGAGACAGAGUAAUGACGUUUUGUUACCUAUCCUCCCGGCUUUUUUAAAUGAUCGAGAUGAGCUGCUUAGAUCGGUAUUCUAUGGACAGAUCAUUUACGUCUGCUUCUUUGUAGGGCAAAGAAGUGUUGAGGAAUAUCUGUUGCCGUACAUUGAGCAGGCCUUAGGUGAUGCAACUGAGGCUGUUAUCGUCAAUGCUUUGGAUUGCUUGGCAAUCUUAUGUAAAAGCAAAUUUCUGCGGAAAAGGAUACUCCUUGAGAUGAUAGAACAUGCUUUUCCAUUGUUGUGUUAUCCUAGUCAAUGGGUGAGGAGGUCUGCAGUAGCUUUCAUUGCUGCUAGUAGUGAUUACUUGGGUGCUGUCGAUUCCUAUGUUUUCCUGGUCCCAGUAAUACGCCCUUUUCUUCGAAGACAACCAGCAUCUUUAGUUUCAGAGAAGGCUUUUCUUUCAUGUCUUAACCCUCCUGUCUCGAGACAAGUAUUUUACCAACUCUUAGAAAAAUCAAGGAGUUCUGACAUGUUAGAGAGGCAGAGAAAGAUAUGGUAUAGUUCAUCUGCACAAUCUAAAGAAUGGGAUACUCUUGAUUUGUUUCAUAGCGGAACAAGAGAAUUAGAUUCAAUGAAGUACUGGUCAGACAAGCAACAUGAUGGUCAGGGUUCUAAAUCCGUUGGCAAUGCUGUACAAAACUUGGAUCAUAGUGAAGAAAGUAGUAAAUCUAGGUUGAGACCUAUUGGAAGUUUUAUUCACAAUACAUCUGGCACCGUUGAUACGCGGGAUCCCUUAUUUUCAGAAAAAUUACAGUUUUCUGGUUUCAUGUCUCCACAAAUGAAUGAAGCUAACAGCCUUAGUUUCGAUAAACCAUCAGAAGGCAUACCUUUGUACUAUUUUAAAUAUGACAGUAAUCGAGCAACUGGAAAUGCUCCAGCCUCUGAUUCUCCUUCACCAUUGAGUUCCUUGGGUUUUGGUUCAUCAUCAGUGCCCUGGAUGGACGUAGGAAAUAAGUCUUUUACUUUGGGUAGCUCAUUUCCACCUCCUAAGCUUGUUUCAGGUUCAAUUAGUAUAGGUAAUAGUUCUCCACAACUUCACAGAGUGGUGCAUGAGGUAGAAGACAGGGAAACAGAUCAAGCAGCCUAUGUUAGUAAAUUUCAAGAUAUGCGGGUGUCUGGUCCUAAAGGAGGUUCUACUGUUGCCAAUGAUAUCUCAGCUGCAGCUGAGGUGACAGGAGUACCUCCCUUUGCAAGAACACCAGCAACUCAAGAUGCAGGGUGGAGGCCCCGUGGUGUGUUGGUUGCCCACCUACAGGAACACCGUUCGGCCGUCAAUGACAUUGCCAUCUCAACCGACCAGAACUUCUUUGUGAGUGCGUCGGAUGAUUCCACUGUGAAGGUGUGGGAUUCUAGAAAGUUGGAGAAAGACAUCUCAUUCAGGUCGAGGCUUACUUAUUCUCUAGAUGGAAGCCGUGCAGUAUGUACCGCAAUGCUCCAAGGUUCAGCUCAAGUCAUUGUUGGAGCUUCUGAUGGCAUAAUUCACAUGUUCUCUGUUGAUCACAUUUCCAGGGGGCUUGGAAAUGUGGUUGAGAAGUAUUCAGGCAUUGUUGAUGUUAAAAAGAAGAGGGUUGGAGAAGGUGCCAUAACUAGCCUAGUUAACUACUCUGCAGAUGAGAGUGCUUCUAAAAUGAUUCUUUAUAGUACUCAAAAUUGUGGGAUCCAUCUCUGGGACACUAGGACAAAUAAGGACAUGUGGACUUAUAAAGUUUUUCCUAAAGAAGGCUACGUGUCAUCUUUAAUAACAUCCCCUUGCGGGAAUUGGUUUGUUUCCGGGUCUUCCAGGGGCGUGCUUACUCUUUGGGAUCUUCGGUUUUGUAUACCUGUUAACUCAUGGCAGUUUUCUACAGCUUGCCCUGUAGAGAACAUGUGUCUCUUUGUGCCUUCUGUAAAUUCUUCAAUAUCCACUAUAGCCAGGCCCCUUGUAUAUGUUGCAGCAGGUUGUAAUGAAGUUUCUCUCUGGAAUGCAGAAAAUGGGAGCUGUCAUCAGAUCUUGAGGGUGGCUAGUAACGACCAUGAUAGCGAAACUUCUGAUUUACCUUGGGCCUUGACUAGACCUUCCAGUAAGUCAAACUCUAAAGCAGAUUUGAGAAGGAAUGUUAAUCCCAAGUAUAAAGUAGAUGAGCUGAAUGAACCACCUCCUCGGUUGCCUGGUAUCCGCGCAUUACUCCCAUUACCAGGUGGGGACUUGUUAACAGGGGGUACAGAUUUGAAGAUCCGCAGAUGGGAACAUUACAGCCCUGAUCGAAGUUAUUGCAUUUGUGGACCAACUAUAAAGGGAGUUGCUAAUGAUGAUUUUUACGAAACAAAAUCUAGUUUCGGGGUGCAAGUUGUCCAGGAGGCGAAGAGACGGCCUUUAGCUACUAGGUUGACUGGGAAGGCAAUCCUUGCAGCUGCUGCUACUGAUUCCGCUGGUUGUCACCGUGACUCUAUACUUUCUCUGGCUACAGUCAAAUUGAACCAGAGACUUCUGAUAUCAAGCGGCAGAGAUGGAGCCAUUAAGGUUUGGAAGUAAGAAUGUUAUGCAUCCCAAUGAAAUGUACAUAACAGGUUAGUAAUGAUCAAAGCUGUACAUUUUUAAUUAUCCCCAAAACAAGUGUACAUUUUGUAUUUAAAUGAGAAGAUAAGCUUCCUCGUAAA